GCCGCGGGUGAAGAAAAAAGCGCGGCCUCGCUCGGCCUGGAACGAAGAAGUGGCACGGAGCGAAGAGGUGACCGAGAGCGAAGAGGUGACCCUAAGCGAAGAGGUGGCCCUAAGCGAAGAGGUGGCCCAGAGUGUGGAAAUGGCGGCAGCUGGGCUCAUCGUGACUGUCACCCACAGCAAUGAGAAGCAUGACCUUCAUGUUACUCCGCAACAGGGCAGUAGUGAACCAACUGUGCAAGACCUGGCCCAGGUUGUUGAAGAGGCCACAGGGGUCCCGCUACCUUUUCAGAAACUCAUAUUUAAGGGAAAAUCUCUGAAGGAAAUGGAGAAGCCGUUGUCUGCACUUGGAAUACAAAAUGGUUGCCGGGUCAUGUUAAUUGGGAAAAAGAAUAGUCCAGAGGAAGAGGCUGAACUAAAGAAGUUGAAAGAUUUGGAGAAGUCUGUGGAGAAGAUUGCUCACCAACUGGAAGAGUUGAACAAGGAGCUUACUGGAAUCCAGCAGGGUUUUCUGGCCAAGGAUUUGCAAGCUGAAGCUCUCUGCAAACUCGAUAGGAGAGUAAAAGCCACAAUUGAGCAGUUUAUGAAGAUUCUGGAGGAGAUUGACACACUAAUUCUGCCAGAAAAUUUCAAAGACAGUAGACUGAAAAGGAAGGGUUUGGUGAAAAGGGUUCAGAUCUGAAUUUAAACUAAUUGGGAAGGAAGAUCACUGGAGAGCAGAUCAGGCUGACACACAAGUCAGGGAGGCACUAUUCAUAUGUACAGUGCCCCCUGAAAUUGUACAGUUGCAGUGACAAGCCUUCCUGUCCUCACCACCCUUUUGGGGGUUGUGGGCCUAGAGCAUUGUCGGAAACCCUGGUCCUUCGCAACCUUCUACUUCCCUCUCCUUACUUUGGAGCCCAGGCCAUCCCUGCACAGCCUGUUUCAGCCUGAGUCAGUCACCCGUGGGUUCCCCAGAAUGGCUGAGCACAGAGCCGUGCGUGGGCAGGGAUUGGCCAGCCCUGGAUGGGCCCUCAC